UUUGAUUUGGCUAAUUCUUAAGUUAGAUUCAGAUACGCAAAAAAGAUAGAAUUUGUCUCUGCAUAUUUGACCUCUUCUUGCCUUCUUUUUUGGGCUUGAUUUUGAGACGUGAUCAUUUGAUUCUUUCUUUAUACCUCCCAAUCUAAUAUAAAUAUACUCCAAUUCACCAUCAACCUCUUUAACUUUCUUAUUCUCUUCCACUCUGCUUCAUCGGAGCUCUACCGUUUAAUUUCUCCUCGAGGAAAUGGAUUUAUUAUUAGCCAAUAACGCAGCUGAUUCAAUGAAAAUCAACGGAAAGAUCGAGGUGGAAGCUCCAACUUUGAAUGAUGAGAAACAAUUACUAGAAGGAGAUGAUCGGAGACGGCGGGAACAUGUUGCAGAAGAAGGUGGUGAUCAUGAGGAGAUCAGAAUAUCCGAUGCUGAUUCUCGUGUUCCUGAGAAUUCGGAUGAUGAUGGAAUUCAAAUGAGGUGUCACGUGUCAAAAAAGGAGGACGUAGCCGUUAUAAAUGAAAAUAAAACCUUACAGAUGAUUCAACCUCACUCCCAGCUCCCAAAACCAGAGCCUCCUAACAAUAACAACACCCAUGCUUUAACCCGAUCCAAAUCCUUACCGGACAAUUCCACUCUCGAUAUGCCUUCUUCUAUCGGAAAAUUCUUCAAGGAGAUUCGAAGCAGCAGCGUUUCCGCCUCCAUUGUAAGCCGUUUAUCUUCUUUAAAUUUCAAAAAUAAUCCCCGCGAUGGUAGUGAUGUGGAUGGUGAUGACAUGAACAACAACACCGGCGCGACGGAGUUCAGCAUUUCGGGGCUCAAAGUGGUAGUGAGACUCAAAAGCGAAGAGGAGUCUAUUAAUGCUAGUAGUAAAGGAAGGAUAAGUUUCUUCUCUAGGUCCAAUUGCAGGGACUGCACCGCGGUUCGGUCAUUUUUCAGAGACAAAGGAUUGAAAUUUGUUGAGAUUAACAUCGAUGUGUUUCCGAUGAGGGAGAAAGAGCUUAUUGAGAGGACUGGAAAUGCUCAAGUGCCUCAGAUUUUCUUCAAUGAUAAACUGUUGGGAUGUUUAGUAGCUUUGAAUUCGCUGAGAAACAGUGGAUGUUUCGAGCAGAAGCUCAAGGAGAUGCUCGUGAGCAAAUCAUGCGGCGGCAGUGGUGAUGCGCCUGCAAUUCCUGUUUAUGGAUUUGAUGAUCCUGAUGAUGAGGAUGAAGCCAUGGACGAGACAGUGGGGAUUGUGAGGCUUCUGAGGCAGAGAUUGCCAAUUCAGGACCGCCUGAUGAGGAUGAAAAUUGUGAAAAACUGUUUUUCUGGUUCGCAGAUGGUGGAGCUGCUCAUUCAUCACUUGGACUGCGGCAGAAAGAAGGCUGUGGGAAUUGGUAAGCAGCUAGCAAAGAAGCACUUCAUUCAUCAUGUCUUUGGGGAAAAUGACUUUGAAGAUGGAAACCACUUUUAUCGUUUUCUUGAGCACCAACCCUUCAUUCCCAAAUGCUACAACUUUCGAGGGUCUACAAAUGACAGAGAACCUAAAUCAGCAAUUAAGGUUGGUGUAAGGCUCAACAAAUUGAUGUCCGCAAUUCUCGAGUCGUAUGCCUCUGAUGAUAGGAGCCAUGUUGAUUAUGCCCGCAUCAGCAUAAGUGAGGAAUUUAGAAGAUACAUAAAUUUGGUUGAAAAUCUUCAUAGGCUUGAUAUAUUAGAACUCUCAACAAAUGAGAAACUGGCCUUCUUCUUGAACUUGCAUAAUGCUAUGGUCAUCCAUGCUGUAAUUAGAGUAGGGUGUCCAGAAGGGGUCGUUGACAGGAGAUCAUUCCACUCGGAUUUCCAGUAUAUUGUGGGAGGCUUUUCUUACUCGCUAAACGCUAUAAAGAAUGGAAUCCUUAGAAAUAAUCGAAGAAGUCCCUACUCGCUGGUAAAGCCUUUUGGUGCUGGAGACAAGCGCUUGGAGAUAGCUCUUGAGAAAGUGAAUCCAUUGAUCCAUUUUGGACUGUGCAACGGAACAAGGUCAAGCCCCACAGUGAGAUUUUUCACACCCCAAGGAGUUGAAGCUGAACUUAAAUAUGCUACAAGGGAAUUCUUCCAAAGAAAUGGAAUGGAGGUGGACUUGGAAAAGAGGACAGUUCAUCUUACAAGGAUCAUCAAGUGGUUCAACAUGGAUUUUGGGCAAGAAAAAGAAAUUCUCAGAUGGAUUAUCAACUACUUGGAUGCAACUAAAGCAGGCCUUUUGACACAUCUUUUAGGAGAUGGAGGCCCUGUCAAUAUUGUGUAUCAAAACUACGACUGGUCUGUCAAUUCCUGAUUAACCUACAUACUCCACAUACCGUUAGUGAGAGGCUUGCGGAUGGGACAGUUGUACAUAAUUCCCAAAAUUUGAAGCCAUCAUCUGGCCAGGACAGGAAACUACAGAUUUAAAAGCAAUUUAAACAAUUUACUUUUUUGAUUCAAAAAUGCAAGCAAUGUUUUUGGUUUUUCAGAGGGAAGAAAAAAAAGUAGCUAUAAAAAAGUUCUGCUGUUCUAUGUUUUUAUUCUCAUUUCUGUUUUCUGCUUCUGCUGCCUUUCAAUAGAAGUGACAGCAGCAAAAUCACAUAUCAAAAAACCUAUAUUGGAUCUGAGAUUAUGUUCCUUCUUUUUUCUUUUGAGGAAAGAUUAUGUUUCUUUUUUAAUUGUAUGAAUCUCAACAUGACCCAAAGACCUUUCUAGUUUUCA